AGAAUGUCAAUCGUUAUGAGUUUAGUUUAGGAUCCUCUUUCGCCUUUUCCGAUCGUCCAUUGUGGCUGCCGCGCUUAUUCGUUACGUCUUCCCGCGGGAAUUGCGUAAUCGAGGAUGACUGGAAGGACAUCGUUGGUGGAACAGAAGAGACUCCAAUGGGCGAAGGAAAGGGAAGAAAUGGCUCGUCUUGGUGUUAAUUGGGGAUCCCUGAAAUCAGGCAAUUACAAUCGUACUCAUAUUCGCACAUACGCAAAUGAAGCCAGAUUGUCCUUGGGGGAAAUAAAGGAUAGACCCUCCGCACAACCCCUUCGUUCUGGACAUUAUGGGAGCACCGUCAGUCUGAAGAGUCUAGCGACGGAAAGUUCCGAGAAUGGCAACAGCAACCUUAAAUGCCUCGACUACAAUGGCGGUAGUUUAAUUAAUCUUCGGGAUCAGGUGGAAUCUUCGCAAGUCAGGCGCAGAAGUCCCAGUUUGCCUCCAAUUUUCAACAAGGAACAACGGCAAUAUUUUUGCCGGCUGGAACAACAACAGCGUGACUUCGGCGUGGAAGGAUCGCGAUACCAGUCACAAAGAUCGCAAAAACUGGAACACCGUCGCCAUCGAUCUAACGAACGUCGCGAGAGCCAAAAAGAGGUACGACAUUACGGCUCGCCGGGUGAAGAACGCGAAGGCGAGACUUCCGGUUACGCUAGCGAUUCCGUGGAUGUACCACAGGCGGGACAAAGAAUUCUGGUUGAUAAAGCAGCGACCAGAAUGGAAAUGACGGAGAAAACGUGGCAGAAUCCUUACUGCACUACCCCGGAGAGUUCACUGCCACCCUCGAGGAGACUUUCGCCGGGCAGAAUGGGCGAACUCAAUAGACCAAGGUGGGGUAGUGUCUGGGGUCAAGACGCAGCGAGAGGAGACCCACCGCCGCCUUCUUGGCUAUCAAGAUUAGGACAGUCGAGCCAAGUCCUAGUAAUCAAUCAUGACAGCGCCAGCAGCCCGGACAGUUCAACGACCGGUUCAACCGGCUCGGAUAUCAACAAGGUAUCUUAUCUUCGGGGUCAGAAUAUUCCGGUGGACACGGAAAUUCUUCAGGAACGCGAAGCGAGACGGCAGAAAGCGUUGGAACUUCAGAACGCCAUCAAGCAACAGCUCGAGGAAAAGGACAGACAGAGGAAGGAGGAGAAAGAGCGACGGAUGAGAGAAGAGAUGUUGGAAGAGGAGCGGAUCCGGCGAGAGAGGGAAAGAGACAAAGAGAGAUUCGAAGAGGAACAGCGGAUGCUGCGCGAGAAGGAGGAAGCGAAGCUGAGGAAGGCGCAAGCGAUGCGUGAAGUUCUAGAAGCCGCGGAGCGACUUGCGAUGGAAGAACGAAAGAAGCGGCGAAAGCGAGAGGAAUACACUGACGAGAGUACUGACGUGGUGACACAACAGUCCCCGAACGCGACCCCGAAUACAAAUGACAAACGCGAGGAACAGAACUACUCGCAGACGCAGAAGCAAAGCGCAAGUACGAUUAGUUACCAAGAGGAGAGAUCCAGUCCGCGGAACGCCAGCAAGGCCGAGCCUCACCAUCGAGAGGUCGAAAGCGAUAAAGACACGAAGGAGAUUCACCCGCGAACGAAUUACGCAGACAAAUCGGAGGAGACCACGCUGGAUGUGAAUCCGAGGUCUCUCCAAGUCCCCGUGAGCAAAGACGUGGCGAUCGUGCUGAGCGGUCGGCUGGAGGAUCCGGAGAUCCUGAACAAGGCGAACCUGCAGCUGGUGAAUCUGGUGAUGACGCCGAGAUUCACGGAGAAUCCCACGGAUUACCUGUCGCUGGGAAUCAACACGAUCGUGAGGAGUCCUAGGAACCCGAGGAGGUCCUCGAGGGACGCCUCGUCCAUCAUCGUGGAGAACAGAUUGCUGACGCCGAGCAAGUACAGAACACCGGCCGGCCGGGAUUUCGGCACGCAGACAGACGUGGAAUCCGACAUCCAGGAGUUGCGAGAGAAGUUGCAGGAUCAAUCGAUUCGGGACCAAGAUACCACGAAGGACCGGAAGGACACGACGAACGCUAAUCGAAGAACCGUUGAAAAGUCGAAUAAUACGGGUUCCGAAGAAAUUCCUAUGAAGUCACUUCCGCGAUCCAAAUCGCAGCCCAGAACUACGCUCGACAGCAGACCGCGAUGGAACGCCAAUCGCCCAGGUACACGAUAUCGAACGCAAAGUGAGAAAGACCCGCACUAUCAAAGACGAUUGCGAUUAAGAAGGCGCCGAGUCGAGUCCAGUGACGAAGGGUCCAGAUCGCCGUCUCCCGAUCGACGAAAAUUGAAUAACAGUAAGUCGAAGAACCGAAGUAUUAUUAGGCGUAAAGUGAAAGUCGAGAAUUAUGACGCCGAUUUAUCGAUGGACAGUCUGAAUUCUGUCAUACCUCUGCGGAUUGACAAAAACGGGAAGAUCCAUAUCGAAGAGCGUGUCGAAAAAUUACAAUCGGAGAACGAUACGAAUCAGGCAAAACGAUCGGAUAAUAACUCUAAUGUCUGGUGCGGACAAGAAAUUUUAUCCAAGUUGUCGUCAUUGAGAAGCGGACUUCUGAUGAAGCAGAUCGAGUGGGACUCCGAACGAUGUCUGGUCUCACCCGCUGCGUCCGAAAUCUUUUAAGCGCCCGCAAGAU